GUUCAGCUACGGUGGUUCGUAAAUGUAAAUAAACAUCUCUGCAAAACAGUUUUGUUUUUAUUUAUAUCUCGUUGAAUAGCAACGUACCUAUUUUUCGAUAGAAAGAAUAUAAAUAGAAUAUCACGUACGCCAAACUGCACAGACAGUGUGUUUUUUUUUUUUUUUGGCAGUGAAACGUCAAAAACUGAAUUGAAUUUCUCGUAAAUUAAUAAGCGUAGAAUAACUUAGGUUAUACUAAAAUGCAAUAGAAGCUAAAUUUACGUGGCGUAGAGGCUGCGCAAUCAAAUUGUGGAUUAUCAUAAACUCGCUGCAUAAGUUAGCUAUUCUAUGCUUUUAACAAUUCAGAUUAAUGUAGUUUUUAAGAUGUGUGUUAGAUACCUACAAAUGUUUUGCUUAAUAAUAUACCAAACAUUUAAAAAUAGGUUGAAAGUCACUUCAGACUACACUCCUAAAAUAGAUUUUUGCAAUAUGCCCUACUUACCACACUAUCUACAAGCAAACAUUUGAAAUAUUUUGAAUGAAGAAAAUUUAACUGUAAGCGGAAACGUUGAACAAUGUGGGGCUGUCGCCGCCGCACACCAUCUCGCAGAGGGAGGCGAUGCAGAUCACGCAGCCGGCGAGCGCGCCCACUUCGCCCCUCGCCUCCCCCAGCAACGUGAGCAGUGGUGCCACCGCAAGCGCAUCCCCUUCAGGUGCUGCCUUCAGCCUCGCGUCACCCGGCCAGCUCACCGUCGACCCCAACUGGCAGGCCACCAAGCCCACCGUCCGCGAGCGCAACGCGGCCAUGUUCAACAACGAGCUCAUGGCGGACAUACGCUUCGUCGUCGGCAGCCCGGGGCAUACCCAGUCUAUUCCAGCGCAUAAGUAUGUGCUUGCCACUGGGAGUUCUGUAUUCUACGCCAUGUUCUACGGCGGAUUGGCUGAAAAUAAGGAUGAAAUAGAAGUGCCUGAUGUUGAGCCUUCUGCCUUCCUGACACUGCUCAAGUACCUGUACUGCGACGAGAUCCAGCUGGAGGCGGACACGGUCCUGGCCACCCUGUACGUCGCCAAGAAGUACAUAGUGCCGCACCUGGCGCGGGCGUGCGUGGGCUACCUGGAGACCAGCCUCACGGCCAAGAACGCCUGCCUGCUGCUCAGCCAGUCGCGGCUGUUCGAGGAGCCCGAGCUGAUGCAGCGCUGCUGGGAGGUGAUCGACGCCCAGGCCGAGAUGGCGCUGCGGUCAGAAGGCUUUGCGGACAUCGAUGUGCACACGCUGGAGUCCGUGCUCGCCCGCGAGACGCUCAACUGCAAGGAGAUGCGCCUGUUCGAGGCGGCGCUGGGCUGGGCGGGCGCCGAGUGCGGCCGGCGCGACCUGGAGCCCACGCCCCAGAACAGGCGGGCCGUGCUGGGGCCUGCCCUGUACCUGGUGCGCAUCCCUACCAUGUCCUUGGAGGAGUUCGCCAACGGGGCCGCGCAGCUGGGGAUCCUCACCCCGCAGGAGACCAUCGACAUCUUCCUGCACUUCACGGCGCACAACAAGCCCCAGCUCGGCUACCCCACCAAGCCCCGCGCCGGGCUUAAGCCUCAGGUGUGCCACCGCUUCCAGUCGUGCGCCUACCGCAGCAACCAGUGGCGCUACAGAGGUCGCUGCGACAGCAUCCAGUUCAGCGUCGACAAGAGGAUAUUCGUGGUCGGCUUCGGGCUGUACGGCUCGUCGGGAGGAGCCUCCGACUACAACGUCAAGAUCGAGCUGAAGCGCUUGGGUCGCGUGAUGGCGGACAACAACACCAAGUUCUUCUCCGACGGGUCGAGCAACACGUUCCACGUCUACUUCGAGCACCCCAUCCAGGUAGAGCCCGAGUCGUUCUACACCGCGUCCGCGAUCCUCGACGGGGGCGAGCUGAGCUAUUUCGGCCAGGAGGGCAUGAGCGAGGUGAGCGUGGGGUGCGUCACAUUCCAAUUCCAGUGCUCCUCCGAGAGCACAAAUGGGACGGGCGUCCAAGGAGGGCAGAUACCCGAGCUGAUAUUCUACGGUCCCGCGCACACGGAAGACCACUGACUGCCGGCAACACGUUUUCACGAGAUUUUUGUUUAAGCUUGCAUUAAAUUAAAAUUUUUUUUCCCAGUCUCGUAUUUUAUCGAUUGGAAAGAUAAAAAAAAAAAGUUGUUGAUGGUACUUCUGUAAGUGUAUGUGGCAUAUGCAGCUUACAAAACAUGUAUUGAAAAUAUACUCACUCAAAUAGGUAAAACCUGUGAUCAGGAACGUAGUGAUAUAUUUAAACAUUUUUCUAAGGCACAAUGUACAUUAUAUUGUAGUUAUAUUUAUAAGAUUGUGUUUGUAGAAGAUUGUUUUUUGUUGAUAAUUUGGCAUGUUUAAUAUUAUUGUGUGUAAGUGUAAGUAGAACAGCCUUAGCCUCAACAGAGGGAGUAAUGUUGAAAGCAUUUUUGUCUGUUUCAGCAGUGUACAUAAGCAUCACAUUUUUGUAGGAUUUAAGCAUAAUUAUUAUAAAUGAUAAAAAUGUUAAAUUCAAAAUUAUGAAAUAUCUACUUAGAUUGACUGCAGAAUAAAAAAAGUAUUGUAAUGUAUUGUAAGCAAUGUAACUAUAUUUUAUCCUUAUAAUAGCUAUUGGCAUGGAUAGAAAUUAUUUUUAGGAGGCUUUUAAUAUCUAGGCAUUUGAAAAUUAUUGAGGCAAAAAGCUAAGAAAAUUUUUUUGAAAUAAAUUUAGAAUUUUUUUAAUAUUUGUUAUUAAUUAGUUUGUUACGCAGGAGGUAACAAGUUAAUUACUGUUAUUACACAAGUCCUUUGGAUAAUUAUUUUAAUAUUUUUUAAGGGAACAUUUUUUAUUAACUUUAUUGUAUAUUGUAUGUAAUACAACAAUUUUAAAAUGUUUCAUACUAUUAAAGCAAUUAUUGCUUUUAUGCCGUCAAAAACAUUUUACUGCAACAGUUUUUGUGAGAAAUAUUUUUGGUGCACAUUUAUCAUUGUUAAUUAUAAAAUAUAGGUAAGUGUAAAAAUAAUUUUUAAGCUCAAGUUAGUUGUUACAAGAAGAUCUAAGAACCUAAUAAAAUUUUCAAACGGUGAUGUAAGGAAAUUUUUCACAUUGACAAUUUUUAAAUUAUAUAUAAAUUGAUUCACAGCAAAUACGGAAGCAGUUUUACACUAAAAAAAUAACAUUUUGGAUGAACUAUAAUUUAUGAACAUUUCUUACAAGCUAUGUGUGACUUAAAAGACAAUUACCAUUAAAUAUGUGCUAUUUCACUAAAAGGAACUUUUCCAUACCUAACUCAGUAAAGAUAUUUUUUAUUUGUGCCUUCACACAUCUCUAUGCUGUUCUUUGUGCUGAAUUUUUUUUUUCAUGCAGAAAUGAAACAAAUUAAGGGUGCGUUUCACCAAACAUUGGUUAAUUAAACUUGAUCUUAAGUCCCAGUUGUCUUCCCCACCAAGUUCCCGAAAGUUAAAACUUUCUAUCACGUGUUUUAUGUCAACUGAGUGGCCUUAAUGGUGAGGGAAAUGGUUAUCACGCCUCAUUUGGAGAAACAAGAAUGUAAAUGUUUGUGUAAUUGUGAGAGAAAAUGUUUCAGAGUUAUAAGAUUCUUAGAUAUUGGAAUAGCUUGAGAAAUAAUGGGUAUAUGGAAAUAUAAGCAGCAAAUAAACCAUAACAAACAAGCAGCAUUUUGGGUUUUAUGCACAGUGUAAAAAAUAGACAAGAAAAGUUUAACUGCUGGUGUAACGUAAAGGAAUUUUAGGUUGUGGUUUCACUGCGAUAUUAAUAUUUAUUUUCUUUGCGUGAGAUGUAAACUUUAGAACAUUAUGUUUUUGUACAUACAUUCUCUCUGCUGUUUAAUUAGAUGUUACAAAUAUCAUUGAAGGGCAUCAACAUAACCUACAAUGUUAUUCUGCAGUAAAUGACAUUGCUAAAACUGUACAAAUGUUUAGGAUUGUGUUCAUGAGUACAUUGUACAUGAAAUUUGUACAGUAGUGGCUCAAAGACAAUUUCAACCAUCCUAUCAGAAGGCAAUAGGAAAUGCUCGACAAAAUCUUAUGUACACAGUCUGAGGACUGAGUGUUUCAGCACACACAAAAAUAUUAAAAUAAUUUGUUUUGCCAUAGCUAUUACAAUAAUAAUGUUUAUCAUAAACACAUAAGCCUGCACAAUAAAAAUUAAGACAUAAUAUGCAUCCUUUUUUUUAAAUUAUAUUUAAGAUGGUUGAUAAUGAAUCCUAGUCAAACUCAAGCAGUUAGCAUCAAUAUAAUUUUUCUUUGAAAAAACAGAGUUAAAGUGUAUGGUGAAUCACAAACCAGAAUAAAUUGAGAUUGAGCGGUUUCUUAAAAUUGGUUUUUGAAACCAGUUCUAAUAUGUAUUAUGGUUUUACAAUAACAUGAUUACUUUCUGUGACAUUUGUAUCAAAUCCACAACUGUACAUUCUUUAAUGGCAACUUCCAAAUUUGUCAUACCUUUCUUCUACUAACUACAUAUCUAUGAUUUAUAUAAUAGAGUAUUUCUUAUAAUAUAAUAUUUAUUGUUUAAGGUAUUCACAUUAUAGAAAAAAAUCAGGGAAUUUACUUGAAAUCCUGGCACAAUCAUGGAAAGUCCCAAAUGAUUGUAAUUUGAGGGUAAAAUUUCAUGCUCCGGUAUGCCAUAACCCAGACUACGAAAGUUCCCCCCCCCCCCCCCCUCCCCGUGGAGUUUCAGUGCAUUGUCAUACAAAAAAUGUUGUGUUUGAAAUUUAAUUUAUUAUAUAAAUCUGGUUUUUCAUACAGUUUAUACAGUAUAUGAAGGAAUGCAUUUAUUUUUUAUUUAAAUUUUUAAGUGGAACAGUGUACAAAGAAAAACAUUAUACAAAGGUUGUCAAAAUAUUCAAUGCUUCUAGUUAUGCUAUUGAGGUGUUACAACAGUAACUUGUCAUAAUUCAAGUUGCUUAAUAUUUCAUGCCAAAGAAUUUUAUCUUUUUUGUUUUUACUCUGAGUUUAGUGAGGACGUACAUUAUGUUUUCUUAAACAAGAAAAUUAUUUUUUUCAAAAGUCAUCCACAGCUUAUUUAAUAAGAGGUAAUUAAACAAUUGUUCUGCACUGCCAAUUUAGCAAAUGUUGACAAAUUAUUUAAUUUGUAUUUGUCAUCGGACAAGUAAUAAGGAUUUAGCUAAUUCAGUUUGAAAAAUAUAUAUGUAGAUAUAGAUAUGUUAAACUAUGGGAAAUUGUUACUGCGGAGAGUGAGUUGCUGUGAGGUAUGUAUUGAUGUGGCUAUCUACAGAACUGUAAUUUCUGUUUCCAGAUAUUUACGAAAAGUUCCUUUUCAUUUUAGGUAUUUUAUUAGCUUUGUUUAAUUUAACAAUCACAAUACUGUAUUUUCCAUGCCGAUUAUAAGUUUUACACAAAGUGUGUGUUUCUUCUAAACAGUAAAAAAAAAAAAAAAAUAUUGCUGAUUGUUGGGCCAUAAAACUUUUUUGUGCUAAUAGGAAAUAGGUAAGCAGUAAAGACAGUGUGUGAAUGUUAUUUUGGGUAGACCUAAAUUAAAUAUACCAACUGUAUUAUUAUAAUGUUAAAUUUAUUUUCCAAAUUAUGUAAAUUUGACAAUAAAUGUUGUCACUUUA